AUGAAGAACCUCAAUCAGUAUCAGCUCAGUGACUCGUCGACACAGAAAACCAAUCUUCUGAGACCCCCCCUUGUUAUCCUUUUCCUCCUGGCACCUAUAUUUGCCUAUUCAAUCGAACCUCGCCAGAUGAACGAGGCGAAUCAAAUGCCUCAAGAUGUGACUCUUCGAUUCUACCAAAGAUCAAAUCCAAAUGGCGGAGAAGACUCAUUCUAUGUCACUUCCGGAGCUGAUUCCAAACGACGUCUAAUCAAAUCUUUGGGUCAAGUCAACCGUAUUGCAUCGCAUGUGCAGCGAACCGCUGGUUGGAAUAAAGAAUGCACCAUUGAGGGGCCAGAUAGAAAUGUCAUCGCGCAUAUCGACAACGCCCAUGACGACAUCCCACUAGGAAUUGGCAAUCCAAUUUCUACCGAUAACCUAGUUGUUACCUGCAAGUAG